AAUGUCACUACCUUAGUGAUUGUUCGAGAAUUCCUUCUUUAAAUAGGCUCCUUGGAACCUUGACAACUUGAACAGCAACUACGAUUCCGUCGCAAUGUACAAUCCCUACCAGCCCCCUGGCCUCUAUGGCAGGCCCCCAGAGUACGGAGCGUAUCCCGGAGCGCCUCCAGGCAUGGCCCCUCCCCCCGGUAUGGUAGCGCCUGGAACCACCCCGCCCCCGGGGAUGCAACCGGCGAACGCCCAACAGACUGGUCGACCUGCUUUUCCCCCCAACUUCCAACCCCCUCCGAACAUGCCCAACAUCAACUUCUCCGCCCCCGUUAUUCGACUCGGCACCUCGGGACCGUCGAAAUCUGCUACUCCGGACACCAACAAGGAGCGUAGCGAGGCUUCGGGGAGGCGGACAGGUCUGGGUUCCACAAGUCUCGAGUCCCAACGUCAAAACGUGCGAGAUGCGAUGAUGCAGCUGCAGCCUCCUACGCGAGAGGAAAUUGUGCGAACCCUUUUCGUUGGUGGAAUCACGGAGGGCGUUGGUGGCGAUGAGGGCGUGGAAAGAAUCCUGCGUUCGGCAGGCAAUCUUAGGCGUUGGAUCCGCGCUACGGAUGCAGACGAUAAGCCGUGCAAAUUCGGUUUUGCAGAGUACGAGGACCCCGAAAGUCUAGGUACUGCUGUUGAAGUGCUAAAGGACGUGCAAGUGCCUGUGAAGAGACAGACGCCGUCAGAGGGUGAUGAAAAGGAAGAGCGUGAGGUGGAGAAGAGCACUCUACUGGUUGUGGUAGACGACAGCUCGUUGAACUACCUAGAGCAAUACGAAGCCAGCAGAGGUGACCAAGACCCUGCUGAGCGCCAGUCACGGUUAGAUGCUGCACGCAGUACCCUUGCUACUGUCCUGGCGGACUUAUGUCAUCCAACAUCUCCCACUCAAAAAGAAGAUGUCUCAGCGAUUGACCGCGAAGGGGAUACCGCAAUGAAGGGUACGGAAGGCCAUAACGAUGGUACAGGAGCUGAGGUCGUGACCAUUCCCAUCACCGUUGAAGAUGAACUUUCCGAUAUCCCUCCUGAAAUGAGAGAAACAGUCGCGAAAGAGAUCGCCGCUUUCCGUGAACGCAGCAACCGCCGCGACAUCGAACGUCUCAAGAGAGAGGAAGAAAUUGAAUCGAUGGAGAGAGCACGCAAUGCAGGUUCACGUAUCAACCGACUGGCAUCUCCUCCUCUUUCCGCCCCUAGCGGACCUGCUGCUGGCGCCAAUGGAGUUCCUCUCGGCCCUCGGGACCGUAGCAUGUCUACCGCGCCGUCUGGCCCCAAGGGUUUUGGCGUGCAAGUUCCCAAAGACUACCAAAAGGGCGUAUCUUUCGUCAACGGAGGCUCUAUCAAUGGUGCCACUAUUGCCUACAUAGACCGCGAGGAAGAAGAGUCGGAUGCUAGCGAUGAGGAGCUGGAGCGUCGGCGUCAGGAGAAAAAGGAGGCGGAGCUGGAAAAGCAAUUCCUCGAUCAAGAACGACGCUGGUUGAACCGCGAACGAAGCCGAACUGCCGCUCUGGAGCGCGAGAAGAAGAGGGAUAAGGAAGAGGACGACAAGGUUCAGGAAGUACGUGAUGAAAUGGAUAAACGGUACGGAGAGUGGAACGAUGACAAUGAGGCCAACCGCAAGGUGGACGACUACUAUGCUGAUCGCGGUGCAUGGCUACGUAGUCGCGCAGCCUACCGAGCCCGCGAAAUCAGCAUGGAUGAGGCGGAUCGUGCGGCGGAAGAGCGCGAACGGGCCCGGUCUGUCCAGCAACGGGAACAGGCUCGUGGUAUGGCAGACGAUUUCCUUGCACGACAGGCAGAGGAAUUGGAGACCCGGAACCAGGCCCCCAGAGAGCCACAGCGUUUCAAGCUCUCUCUUGGAGCUGCCGCGCAAAAGGCCCAAGCUGCCACGACCCGUCGGACUGUUGCCGAGGUGGAAGGGUUGCUGGAGGACGAAGAAGAGCCUCAAGCCACGGCCAGACGGCCUCUUAUCCCGAUAAAGUUCGACAGCGCCGCCGAAGCUGCGGGUCUCUCCGACGAGGAGCGGGCGCAAGCUGCCCGACAGUUGGCUGCCGAAAUCCCUACCGACAAGGAUGGACUCUGGGGCUGGAAAGUCAAAUGGGAGUUUGUGGACGAAACCGUGGUUACCGACCAGCUCAAGCCGUUUGUGGAGAAGAAGAUCGUGGAGUAUUUGGGUGUUCAGGAGCAGAUGCUGGUGGAUGUGGUAGAAGAGCAUGUUCGCAAGCAUGGCCACCCCCAGGAGCUUGUGGAACAGCUAGAGGAGGCACUCGACGAAGAGGCCGAGGUGCUGGUCCGCAAGCUGUGGCGGAUGAUCAUUUUCUUCUCGGAGAGCGAGAAGAGAGGUCUGUCGGGGUAAAUGGUGCAUACGUGCUAUCAAGGUUCGACGUACGAGGAAAUCCCCCAUUUCGAAGGAAAUGCGGACACUGUCUCCGAGCCCAUAUUUCUGGAGACUGUCUGCCCAUGCAAGCAAUAGUGACUGAAUUUGAUAUCCGCUCCUAGGGGCAAACUGCAUUCUUGUGA